GACAGAGACGAACAGGCAACGAAUUGUUGCAUAGGGUUACAGCGCAUUCCACGGAGAAGUGCUUCAGCCCUCCGCCUAUCCUACCGAGCCGAACAUCCCCACGCAAGGCGCAGAAACAUGGACACGCUGGUGAGCAUGCGUGGGCGCCCGCAUUGCGUACAGAGGAGAUCCCGCAAGAGGGGAAACGAAUUGGCGCAAGCAUACACGUAUCCUCGAGAGCGCAAAGCACCAGUGCGCCUGCCGCCUUUCCCGCCAGCCUCGGACCGCCCCCACAGGCGCCCACAGCUGAUUGUCGAUGAAGCGCUCACCGGGCAUCACAAGGCACGCCCCACAGCUCCUAACAACUUUGCUAACUGCGGGCGCCUGGCUUUGCCUCGCAGGAGGGCUUUGAGCGGCGCGCCAACCCGGGCGACCGCGAGCAGCAGGAGCUGCUGUCCGAGAUGCGCGGCCACCUGCGCAAGCUGCAAGAGUCCACUCGGGACCAGGACCCGCGGCUGAGCUUCUCCACGCCUGAGUUCAAGGAGGCGCAGCGCGCCUUCACUGAUGGCUUCAAGCGGAACUUUGGGCGGCCUGUGGAGUGGGCGAUGGUCAAGGAGUACCCCUGGAGCACCCCUGUGCUGCGCAAGCUCGAGCAACCAGUGGACGUCAAGGGCCAGCCAUGGCCAGCCCAGUAAGGGUUGUGCAGUCGUGACAAGGCGGUGGCGGUGGUGGUGGGCUGCUGCUGGGACCGUUCAGACCCUCGUGAGGAACCGUUAGCAGCGCAAAGCUGCGGGCACAUGGAGCGGGGGCCCAUGUCCCUACCUGUGUAGCGCCAGCGCCGACUGCGCCGACGGAAGUGGGCCAGUCCGGCGGGAAAGGAAGGGGGCUAUCGCAUUUCGCCCCUCUAUGUUUUCCGCGAUGCAUGACGGGGUUGCAUAACCGUAGGGCCGCUGAUUUGCAUGCGGGAUGAAGCAGAGAGUAAAACGCGGUCCCGGAAAAGCGUGCGCUGACGAUGCAAUUCAAGAGAAAGCUCCGGCGUGUUGGGUGCAAGUUGAGGGAAAACGCGGAGAGCAAGUGGAACGUUUUUGUAACGCCUACCGGCC